CCAGGCCGGCGCGCCGUGAGCUCGGCCCGCCUCGCGCACGUGUCGCGACGUACUCAGCGGCGGUGGAGAAGGUUUACAGUGCUCAUGGCAGGUCCCCUGUGGCGGGCCGCAGCGUUCCUGCAGAGACACAGGACAGGACUGUUGGUGGGUUCCUGUGCAGGCCUUUUUGGGGCCCAGAUCUCAUACCACCUCUUCCCGGAUCCUGUGAUCCAGUGGCUCUACCAAUACUGGCCCCAGGGCCUGCCAGCCCCACUCUCGCCAGAGCUGCAGAGACUCUUCCAGGAGGUGCUGCAGGACACCGGUGUCCCCGCGGGCCAUAACUAUGAGGCUUUCACCACCUUCACCUUCCAGCCUGUGAGCGCUGGCUUCCCGAGGCUCCCCGCCGGGGCUGUCGUGGGCAUCCCGGCCAGCUUCCUGGGUGGCUCAUUGACCAGCCCCGAUCACCCAGUGGUUGUACACGGGCAGAGAGUGAGCUGGCAGAGCCCGGCAGGUGCCCGGCUGAGAGACGCCCUGACCCUGUCCCACGACGCCCAGAAGUUUGCCUUGGCCAAGGAGGUGGUAUAUCUGGAGAGCAGCGCGGCCGCCCUACAGGCUCUGAUGGCCCCCGCAUGCCUGGCGGGAACCUGGGCACUGGGCGUGGGUGCCAAGCAUGCCCUGGGGCUCUAUGGAGGCCCCAUGAACAUACGGGCUGCCUUCAACUUGGUGGCGGCAGUGGUGGGCUUUGUGGCCUACGCCCUCUCCACAGACUCUCUCACGCACGCCCUGGAAGCCUGGCUGGACCGCCGCACGGCCUCCCUGUCCGCGGCCUAUGCCCGGGGCGGGGUGGAGUUCUACGAGAAAGUUUUAUCUGGCAACGUGGCCCUGCGCAGCCUCUUGGGCACACGUGGAGAGAAGCUGUAUACGCCCAGUGGGAACAUCGUUCCCAGGCACUGGUUCCGCAUCAAACAUUUACCCUACACAACUCGCCGGGACUCAGUGCUGCAGACAUGGAGGGCCACGCUCAACUCGGGCCGCUCCUGAGGGACAAGGACAGAGGCGGUGGCUGCGGGCACCACCCUGCCAUUGACUCUGGGGGCUCUCUUGGUGUCCCUGGACCCACAGCCCAUAAGUCAGACUUGGGAAUUAAACAGCCUAGAUUUUAUCCCAGUCCACUGCUCGUGAUCCCAGUGAGCUUGGGCAAGUCCCUUUGAACCUGAGCCUUGGUUUUCCUCAGCUGUAAAAUGGGGAUGAUGGAAAUCACCGGGCAGGAUUGGGGGGCAGAGUGAGCUCUGGAUACAAGGGCCUGGCCAAGAGGACAUCCCAUGAAGAAAUGGGGUGUCCCUCCAUGGUGUUUGAAUGCCAGCCGGCUGGGGGAGUCAGGCCACAUCUCUCUACUGGAGGUAUUUGCAGGACAUGAAGAACCACCCUGUGGUUUACCUGGUUAGUCCCAUUUUCCUUCUACUGCA